AUGAAGUUCAUGACCAUUGCCGCCUCCUUGGCUGUCGCCGCCCUCUCGGUCGUCUCGGCUCGUCCCGUUGACUCCUUGUUCCGCCGCCAAUCGACCUGCCCCGCCAACAUCCUCUCCUGUUCAUCCACAGCCACCGGUGUCGACUCCUGCUGCUUGCCUACAAUGGGUCUCAUCGUCCUGGUCCAGCAGUGGUACAACGGUCUCGGACCCUCGGACCAGUUCACCAUGCACGGUCUCUGGCCUGAUACCUGCUCCGGCGGCCAAGGCCCCACCAGUGGGUGUGAUUCUACCCGCGUUUACACCGAUGUUGCAACAAGACUCCAGAACUACCCUAAUGCGGAUGCCAAUUUCGAGAAUAACAUGAACACAUACUGGUCCUCAUACACGGGCGAUAACAACGAGUUCUGGUCGCACGAGUGGUCCAAGCACGGUACUUGUGUCUCGACCCUAAAUCCCUCCUGCAUUGCCAACUAUGUCCAGGAUGAGGAUGUGUACAAUUACUUUAGCAAGGCCUUGGCGCUCCGCCAGCAAUAUGACUUGUAUGCUGCGUUGGCUAAUGCUGGCAUUUACCCUGGGUCUACCCCAAAUGUUGCGGAUAUGCACACUGCUAUCCAUAACGCGUUCGGUGUCGAUGCCGAGAUCAAUUGCUCGUCUGGAUCUUUGAGCGAGAUCUGGCUCUACUUCAAUGUAGAGAACGGAGACCAGUACGUCCACACUGCUCCACAGUCUCAAGGAUCCUGCAGCGGAGCCAUCUCUUACCCGACCAAAUCUGGUUCACCCGCGACCACCACGACUACUACCACUAAGGCCACAACCACUACCACCAAGGCCACGACUACCACCGCCGCCGCCUCGAGUCCAACCUCUACAGCACUUCCCAGUGGUCGUCAGAGCGGCUCCUGCAGUGUUAAUGGCGCCACUGUUUGCGUCAGCUCAGGUUCUUCUACCUACUAUUCCAAAUGCAACCAGGGUACCUGGGUCCUGAACCAAUGCAAGUCCAGCCAAGCCUGCUAUAGUGAUACCGUGACCACCACCCACUGCGCCUAAACCGCCUAAAUUGUAGUGAGCGACCCUGGGCAAGCUGUGGCGUUGACGCCACUACUCCUGCUGAGCGGGACAGACAUCGCCAUCUUAUACAAAACCCUCAACAUAAUAAAGUAACGAAGGAGGCCUCAUUACUGUUUUUCACAUCGUAUAGUAGC